AUCUAAGGAUUUGGGAAGUACGAAUGACAUUAAUCGAUAGGUCUACGUUAGGUCCCUUUAGGUCUAUAAAUAUUUUCGUUAGUUUACCUAUAGUUUUUUUUUUAAAUUGUGCGUCAAAAAAUUCGAAUUUUAGCACCUCAUUUUCAAAAAAAAAACGAAAUCUUUAUCGUUUAUUUUGAUAAGAGUACGUACUCUUAUCGUUAUCGCCUAUCCUGUGAUCGUGGCUACGUUUGGUGACCAGAUGUCACCUCGAACUCAAGUCUAUCGCAAUAAACAUAAACCGCUUAAGUCAUAAACAAGUACUUUAAGAAAGUAUUACAAAAACACGUAUAAAUUAAACUAUUGGGAAUUUUUCAUCUCAAGAAAAACCCAAGUAUUCCUUUGUAGCCACAUAUACAUAUACAUAUAUACAGAUCCAGUUUUGCUAAGCCAUGACUAUCAAGGAUCUUACGAAAUAUGCUUUUGUGCGUACCAUAGUUCUCAAUUAAUGCAUGGGUAUAUCAAAGUUAGCCCCCUAUACUAUCUUACUAAUUAGUCCUAUGUUAUUUUUUAAAAACUUCAUUUAAUUCAAGAUAUAAUGAAAGAAAGAAAAUUUUCUUCAAAUACAUUUAGAACUUUACCACCGUCAAUGAUUAGUACUCUAUUUUUAUGGUUUAACAGAUGAUUAAACUUACAUAUCAUGAUUAUAAAAUGAAGAUUUAUCAUUACGAAGCAAAAUUGGAAGGCAAACAUUUGACAGAGUUCAUGCUAUACACAAAACCAUCCGAAGUUGAUGUGGCUGAAUGUUUACUUUCUUCUCUGCAUGAAAUACUCAUGUUCACCAAUACCAUUUAUUUUAUAGUCACAGAUGAGAAGAUCGCAACAACUCAUUUAACCCGUCCCAAAUGGUAUAAUUUCAACUCGACUGAAUACUUUAAAUGUUGUGUCAGGUCAAUAGCACUUCAUGCUCAAAUUUUGAUGUUGGGUCUGGAUGAUGGUUCUAUUCACCCCCUACUCCAUAUUACUUGUUACACUAUGAUCUAUGGGGAGGUGAUGGUGCAUUUGACUGAUUCAUUACUUGGUGAUGUUAACUGA